GCUUCUUGUAGUGCAGAUCUUACCAUUCGACUAUGGGACUUUCAAACAUACGAUUGUACGAAAACAUUGAGAGGCCACGAACACAACAUCUCGUCAGUCUGUUUUGUUCCUCGGUGACUUCUUGGUGUCUGCAUCGCGUGACAAAUCAAUCAAGAUGUGGGAAGUCUCCACAGGGUAUUGUGUACAGAAUUUCAUGGGUCAUCGAGAGUGGGUACGGUGUGUAAGAGUUAGUCCUGACGGUACGCUACUUGCAAGUGGCUCCAACGAUCAGACUGUACGCGUAUGGUCAAUAGCUAGCAAAGAGUGUAAGUCUGAACUGCGUGACCAUGAUCAUGUGGUCGAAUGUGUGGCAUGGGCACCACAGGUAGCACAUGCAGCCAUCAACGAUGCUCUCAGCGGAGAUGGCAAGAAGGAUGCGAAAAGCAUUGGUCCCUUCCUCGUUUCCGGCUCAAGAGAUCGUGUAAUAAACAUCUGGGAUGUGACGGCUGGUGUGUGCCUGAUAAAACUGCCUGGACAUGAGAACUGGGUGCGUGAUGUACUAUUCCAUCCCGGCGGCAAGUAUCUGGUGAGCUGUAGCGAUGACAAGACACUCAAGGUCUGGGACAUCAAGAAUCAGAGAUGUUCAAAGACGUUAGAAGCGCAUUCUCAUUUCGUCACGACCCUUGAUUUCCAUCGAACUGGUCCGUGGGUGGCGACAGGCAGCGUUGAUCUCAAAGUGAAUGUUUGGGAAUGCCGCUAGGCAAGCGCUCGCUCUGGCAAGAAGGAUGGUCGUGUGUUGGGGUACUAGUUUGUGCAGCGCUUCUGUUUGUGUGGCUGUCACUUUGUGCUACCACCAACGCCAACGCGGCCACCACCUGCAGCCAGGCUCAUGUUGCUACUGCUAUUGCUACUGCUGAUGUUGCUGUUGUUAUUGUUGUAGUUGUUGCCAUGUGUUGGUCCCUAUCCGUGACGUUUGUGAUGUCGUUGUUGUUAGGUCUUCGUCGUGUUGUGCAUUCCCAAGUUGCUCUUGAGUUGUGGUGGUGGUGCUGGUGUUUGUGCUUGUGCUGGUGGUGGCAGUUUUGGCAUUGGCAAUCAUACAGUGGCGCCUCCUGUAGUGUCCUACUGGCAUUACGGCGCGCUGUCGGCGUGGGAGGAAUGUGCCAGCGGUCUUGCCUGUGUCGCUUUCAGCAUCGGACGUGAUGACGGCAAUAGCGGUUGAUGCCUGCAUCUCUUUAUCUCUUCUCUUACACGACGACUCGUUCGUUCAUCUCAUUGUGCCAGCAUUGCGUUGUCGUCAGCUCCACUGGUAGUUGUGACUGGCUCCCCCGCCGCCAAUGCUGCUGCUGCUGCUGAUAUUAGUCAUCGCAGUGGUGUACACAUGGUAGCACCAUUCACAUGCUCGUCUUCCUCCUGUCGUUUGCUGUUGUCGUCGUCUAUGGUCACGCUGAUUGCCUUGGUCAGUCUCACCAGCCGCCACCGCCGCGCCACCAUCUUCUCCCGCCAUUGUAAUAUUCUCACUCCUUGCUGCACAUAACUAGAAUCUGGCUCGGUGCCGAGAGAUCCCGGAGGAGGAGGGUGUGACGAAGACGAUAACACCAGUGGCUCCACGUUCCACUGGCAUGUUCCGCAUCGCCGGACUCUCCCGCUUUCCUCUCAUUGUAUCAUACCUUUAUUUUCAGUUUUUUUUUUGGUUCUCUUCCCAUUUUGGAUAUCAGUGUCUUAUGGGUUGUGUUGUGCAUCGUCCAUAUUGGUUGCUAUGGAUAUGUGUUGCCCCCCCCCCCCCCCCCCUUCGUCCCUCUGUAAUGCUUGUGGACAUGUUGUUCUCUUUGCCUGCACUGUCUCUCUUUCUCUCUCUCCCGCGCUUUAUUUUCAGUGCUACGCCAUAAUAGGAGGGCGACGCCGUUGCCGUCAACGCCUGUGAUUGUGCUCUCGUUGCCGUGGUAAUCUUGAUGAUUUUUAUCGCACCACCGUCUUCUCCGCUUAGUGCCGCCGAAUAUUUUCCAGUUUUGUUCCCGAUUUUUUUGGCUUUCUCUUUUUAUUGCAACUGCAUGUAUAUGCGCGUGUGCGCGGGCACGUGCACGAGAAUCACUGAUGUGUAACCAUGGACAUGUACGUGUUUGCCCUGUACGGUGGAGUUCUGCAUGGUUGUACUUUGACUGUACGGUGCGCGCCGUCAUGCCAGGCAUGCAUGCUUUAGUACGUACCUUUCUUGUCUCUACAUGCGAGUACCUAAUUAUUAUUUCGCUUCACAUUUCUAGCCGAGCUGUACGUAUCUAUUAAUGUACAGGAGCAGCAGCUCUCUCCCGAUGACCAGAUCAGAGUGGUAGGACGAA